UAUAACACCCAGUUUCUCCAUCUCCGAGUCUAAACCUUCUUCUUCAUCUUCUUUUUCCUGUAGUCCUCUUGUCGGCAGUGGUCGAGAAAUGGAGAUGAUCGAAUAUGGAAACGAGGCCGCGAUGGAGGAACAGGAAGGCUGCUCCACUCCGAAACGCCGAGAGUGUCAGAUCGCGCUGGCGGACUGCCCACCGGCGCCGAAGAAGAAGCCGUUCUCGUAUAAGAAGAAGCUAGAGCCACCCAAGAACGGGUAUUUUCAGCCGCCUGAUCUUGAACUCCUCUUCACCAUGGCUCCAAGACGCCAAGCCUGUGCUUAGUCUUCCAAAACGCUGUCGCUUUUGUGCAUAUGGUUCCUUUUCUUGGUCAUUCCUUCUGUAGUGCCUCCCUUGAUGUGGUUCUGGCCUUGCCGGUUGUACUCUACGUCGAGACGCAAACCACGAAGUGAAUAGUUAAUUAAGUUUACGUAGUACAAUUAUGAAUAGCACUCCAAUUGAAUUGGGCUGUCAAAGCCCAUGUUUUGCUGGGCGGAUCCGUUAUUUAAUAGAGGGUAAAUGACCCAUUCGUGUUCUAGGCCCAAUUUAUCUAUUUGUUUGUGUCAUCUUUUAUAUAUGAUCUAAAUUUCAUUAAAUAUUUUUGACAAUUGAGAUUGUAAAUUCCAUUAAUGUGGAAUCAGCAUCUUGGUUGGGCCUUUUCUGCUCUCCCCCACGUAGACCGAACUCCAUUAUGUAAAUUCUAGACCUUUCAAUUGAUUUUGUCUCUUAUCAA